AUGACAACCACCCCGACGCACCCCUGGACCCCGGCAGUGCCUUCAUAUCUCGCUGCCAACGGAGGCUCGCCGCCACUCAAUCACUACCGUCGUCCGUCGUUGAAAAAGACGCUCACACCCGUCUCAGCGGGCGUGUCUGCACGGCGCACUCAUUGUCCGAGAGACGUGGACGCCUUCAGCUUCAGCCCUUCGCACCUGCCUGCAUGGAGCAUGCCGCAGGAUCUCUGGGAGAACCUUCCUGACCGGUUGCGUCCCCACAUAGUGAGCAUGCAGCAUGCUGGAGCAGCUGUGCUCACAGGUUUCGAGCGGCUGCAGGAAAUUCGGACCAAUUUGCUGUCCGACCUGGUGGACCUGGACGAGUCGCAGGACUCUGUCCAUACCAAUGAACCUGUUGGAAGCAAUAUGCUCGCUGAAAACGAGCUGGACGUUUUGCUCAGCAACAUGAACUUCAAUACUUCGACCAAGGGUCCGCGCUCCCGGCACGACUCGCUCGCGACGCCUGCGCUCUUCACACCGUCUCUUACUCCCUCGGGCAGCGAAGUCCUCAGUGACCGGUCUGCAUGCUCGUCGAUGCCCGGCACGCCGGGAGAGUCCUCACCGGUCACUCCCGCGAGCCCUCCGACCAUUCUCUCUCCGUUCAAUUUCCCGGUCGACGAUGAAUCUGCCCAACAGUCCCACACACUGCCGCCCACUUCUCCGACGUCACUAGCCUCGCCCGUCUCUCCUCCGGACACCGAGAUGCCAUGCUCACCCAUCAGCACACCCUCAACGCCGAAUUCGACCAGCGUCGUGUCUCCGAUGCGCCCGUUCAUCAACCCGCCGCGUCACCCGCAUGCUACGUAUUAUGCUGCUGAGAUGGUGGAGCUACGGUGCGUGGCGCUGGUGCGGCUGCGGCACGCCGCGCGCCGGGUGGACGCCGAGUGGGGCGAGUGCAAGCGGGUGGGUGUCGUGCGUCCGUCCGAGCGCGACCCUGACGCACGGAUGGCCAAAGAGUUUGAGCUAUGGUGGUCAGGCAGGAAGGGAUCAAUCGGCGCUCUUGAAGAGAGGGUCCGUCGAGCUGAGAAACUUGGCUCGGGCUUGAGCGGCCUCGCGUGA